AUGAACCUCAUUCAGAACGCAUUGUUUUUAUCGCUCUUCCAGUUGAUAUUCUCCAAGGAAAAUGGUUCGAAAUCAAUGUGGGAUGAGGAUGAUGACUCGAAAAAGAAACCUAUUCUGCGCAUCAACCACAUCAACGUUUACGGCGAGUCUGGCUAUAUGAAGGUUUUCACCCACAUUCAUACGGAUCGCUCCCAUUUCGAUAUUAAUGUGCGGCUCAAAAGGGAGCUGGGCAGCAAUUUCCUGAUCUUCGGUUUGAAGGUGCGCGUAAGGCCCGAGGGCGAAACGAUCUUCGUCACUCUACUGCAGAUGAAGCGCCUGGACCUGUGCGGCUUCUUUUCCGACUUUUCUGGCAAUCCCAUGAUGCGAUAUUUUCUCAAAUCGAAGAUGCACAUGAGCGAAAUCAUUUCGUGUCCUGUGCGAGUGGGAAACUUCUCGCUGCUGAAUAUCAGUGCGUACGAUAUCUAUCCAGCGAGCCUGCAGAACGGAACCUACAAGUUCUUCGUGGAAGUGGUCGAGGGAACUGGCGAGAUAGCCAAGGUCUUUGCUCUACAGGUGACCACGGACGUCAUAGUACCAUCCCAGAGUGCCCAAGAAUAA